AUGGCAAACUUCAAGGGCCAUGCUCUCCCAGGGAGCUUCUUUCUACUCUUUGGGCUGUGGUGGUCCGUGAAGUACCCACUGAAGUACUUUCACCAGAAGGGCUUGAGGAAGAACAGAAUGAGCCAUCAGCUACAGCGUAUUGAGAUCAUUGAAGGUGCAGUGAAGACUCUGUUUGCAGUCAUUGGGAUCCUGGCAGAGCAGUUUGUUCCAGAUGGACCUCACCUGCACCUCUACCAAGCAAACGAAUGGACCAAGCUAAUGAACUGGCAACACAGCACCAUGUACCUGUUCUUUGGUGUCUCGGGAAUCGUGGACAUGCUCACCUAUCUCUACUUCAACAUUGUGCCCCUGGGCUUAGACAGAGUGGUUUUGGCUAUGGCCGUAUUCAUUGAAGGUUUUCUCUUCUUCUACCAUGUUCACAACCGACCCCCACUGGACCAGCACAUCCACUCACUCCUGCUAUUCAGUUUGUUUGGAGCAACUAUCAGUGUCUCUCUGGAGGUGGUCCUUCGGGAUAAUAUUGUGCUGGAGCUUUUCCGAACCAGUCUCCUUAUUUUGCAGGGAACCUGGUUCUGGCAGAUUGGAUUUGUCCUGUUCCCACCAUUCGGAACGCCAGAAUGGGACCAGAAGGACAUGGACAACAUCAUGUUCAUCACCAUGUGCUUCUGUUGGCACUAUCUGGUUGCUAUCUGCAUCGUAGCCAUCAACUACUCCCUUGUUUACUGCUUUCUGACCCGGGUGAAGAGACACGCAGGAGGAGAGAUCAUUGGGAUUCAGAAGCUGAAGUCUGAUGACACUUACCAGUCAACCCUUUUGAGUGGCUCGGAUGAGGAGUGA